AUGGAGAAGUCCAGGAGAUACGCGAGUCUGCUCAAAAUGAUCGCGCGAAACGGAUUCCAAAAAUACCGACUGCAGCAAAUACUGGAUAACAUGUACAAGGCAAAAAUUACCACCGUAAGUAAAAUGAAAAAUGUUCCUACUAAUAUAAGAAGAGAAAUGAAGAAAAUCUUUAAUGAAAAUUUGCUAAGUAUAAAACCUCUGAAGGAGUACAAAUUUGAUAGAGCAUACAAGGUCCUAUUUGAGUGUAAGGAUAAAGAAAAAAUAGAAGCCACCUCUUUAGAUUUUGGCUCUCACAAAUCCUUGUGCAUAUCAAGUCAAAUAGGUUGUUCCUUUGCAUGUAAAUUUUGUGCCACUGGUCAGAUAGGCAUAAAAAGGCAACUCGAAUUAGACGAAAUAACAGACCAGCUUUUAUAUUUUCAAUCAAAAAAUGAAAAUGUAAAAAAUGUCUCCUUUAUGGGAAUGGGCGAACCACUAGCCAAUCCACAUGUUUUUGAGGCCAUUCAUUUUUUCAACAAUGUUAAUUUAUUUUCCUUAUCAAGUAGACGUAUAAAUAUUUCCACCGUGGGACUUCUCCCUGGAAUUAAAAAAUUAAAUGAUAUUUUCCCUCAAGUUAAUUUAUCCUUCUCUUUACAUUCUCCAUUUUCUGAAGAAAGAGACAAACUUGUACCCAUUAAUAAAUUGUUUCCUUUCCACGAGGUGUUUGAUUUGCUAGACAGUAGAAUAGAACGGACAGGCAGACGCGUGUGGAUUAGCUACAUCCUCCUUAAGGAUGUGAAUGACUCCAAGGACCACGCAGAGGCGCUUUGCAAUCACAUACACCAGCGCCCCCGCGCCGUCAGGUACCUCUACAAUGUGUGUUUAAUUCCCUACAACAAAGCAAAAAAUGUUGAAGAGAACUUCCACAGAGUGGACGAGGAAGACAAAAUCCUUCAGUUCGAGAAAGUGUUGAGGAAGCAUGGAAUAUCAUUUUUCUACAGGUUCAAAAUGGCAGGAAUGUGGAGCAGACAAUUUGUCUUCCCAUGA